AUGUCGUCAGGUCGUAUUGAGAAAUGGUGUGCGAGGAAGAGCGCCUCGUCUGAGGUUGAAGAUGAUUAUCGUUUGUACACACAAGCAAAAUUUGUGGUGUUGGAUUCGAGGUUCCGAUUGGGGUUGUGGGAGAGCACAGGCCGCGAGGGCCAAAUCAAGGAGUGGAUGAAGCGCGGUGAAGGGAGCGAGAGACCCGCCAGCAAGAUCUCCCGCGGGCAGCGUCCAGGGGAAAAUUAA